AUGAAGGGAGCCAAGAAGCCGAUUCAUGCAGCAUCAACAUGGAUAAUGCAGCAACCCUCGGAAGUGAAGGCUUUCAUAGCCAUCUUCGCGUUCAUGUCGGCUCUCCUUAUUAUAAAGGUGAUGGUAGACGAGCGCAACAACCUUUUCAUUGCCGCGGAGUCUGUCCAUGCCAUGGGUAUUGCUGUCCUCAUUUACAAGCUCUCCACCGGAGACAAGGACAAUUGCUCUGGUCUUUCUCUAAAAUCACAGGAACUCACAGCUACCUUCUUAAGCACAAGACUAUACUGCAGCUUUGUUAUGGAAUACGACAUACACACGUUACUUGAUCUUGCUACAUUAGCAGCAACCGCUUGGGUUAUAUAUAUGAUACGCUAUGUGUUGAACUCAACUGCUAUGAUUGAAAAAGACACCUUUCCGCAUUAUUAUAUGGUGCUGAUAUGUGCUGUAAUAUCCCUCGUGAUUCAUCCAUCGACACCACAUCAUCUGUUUGACAGGAUUUGUUGGGCCUUUGCUGUUUACUUGGAAGCUGUUUCAGUACUACCUCAGCUGCAUGUCAUACAGAACACUCAGGUUGUUGAACCGUUCACAUCACAUUAUGUAUUCGCUCUAGGAGUUGCAAGGUUCCUUACCUGUGCACAUUGGAUUCUCCAGGUACUCGAAACAAGGGGACGGAUGUUAACAGCCUUAGGUCAUGGUUUGUGGCCUGGUAUGGUCAUUUUCUCAGAAAUUGUCCAAACAUUUAUCCUGGCAGAUUUCUGCUAUUAUUAUGUCAAAAGGUCAUAUAUUCAAAGAAUUUGUUCUUCUGUCUGCAGCAUCAUAUCGGGUCAGCAUGUGUUACGGCUUCCAGCAGGAGUUGUAUGACUGGAUUUCUUUUGAAGAAUCAAAAGUGUCUGUUACCAUCUCAGUAACUAUAGGAAAAACGUUAAUAUAACUUAAACGUAGGAUUGUAUAUGAUUAGGUAGCUACACAUAGUUAGCUGCUUGAUUGUUGAUUAGAUGUAUCUGCAGAUUAACUGGUAUGUAUACAAGAGUAGGAAAUAUCUUUUACUUUUUCAUGUUCUUGCUGCACACUUUUUAACUUGAAUUACUUGAUGUAAAUAUACCUGCUCAACUCGCCUCUCAUUGUCAUCGUAUCUUUGAAAUUGAUAUUGAGUCUAUAAUUAAGAUCGAAGUCCUACUG